GCUUUGAUUAAGCUGUAACGCAUUAAACUUUUCUGUCGAAUGUAUCUACUUUGGUAGUAAUGGAAAUCUGUAAAAAUACUAUAUAAUGCAUGUAUUGAUAAAUGAUGAUCAACGAUGGCGAUAAAUAAACUGAUUACGAAUGACGGACAUACAUCAAUACGUUUAUUCGCUAAUUUACAAAGAAUGUUCCAGAAAGUAUAAAGUUUCGUGGUUCAAAGCGCUUGUAUAUUACCGAUUGAAACAUUUGACUGAUGGGAUUUAUUUUUACUCUUAGAAGAAUACAUUUCUUCUAAUGGCACCUUUAUAACCCUGGGGUUUUUUCCGCAUGCUGAGACGGAGGGAAAAUAGAGACUAUAUAAAUGCAACGAUUUGUUAAGGAGUAUUAUUCUUUAAUCAUUUUCAUUUUUUGUGUCAAAUCUGCCCAUGGACAAAAUUCAACGACUGAGGUUUGUGAAGAUACGGAGAAAGGAGCCUGUUUCCUGGUCAAAGACCGGCCAUAUCUUUGUUAUCAAGUUAACAACACUGAAUUAUGUUGUUCAACUUGCAAGCAGUUCUUCACAUACAUAGAAGGUUGUGAGUAUGGUGAUCGGAGAAAGGCUUGUAACAAAAGACGCUGUUCAAAAGAUGGAAAACAUGAUCCCCUCUGUUGUUGGACUUGUGGUGGUUUCACCACCACUACUACCACCACAACAACAACACAACCACCAGCAACAAAAAAAUCAACAACACAACAACUAAUAUCGAUGACAACCGCAGCUGAACACACCACAACUCCAAAAACAAUUAGCAUCCACACCCCUGUCAUGUUCCGGAAACAUGGCAAAGCUUCGCAUGUCACAAAACAUCGUUUGAAUGUUGCUUGGAGUGCACUGAAAAGGACAUUUUUCGUUGACAUUGAUAAAAAAAUUUAAUCACAUUUCAUGAGUUAUGAUGAUUUGUCAAAGUAAAACAUUGGGGACUGACAAAGAAUAUGUGUCUGAAUUGAAUCUAUUAAAAGUCAAGAGGUUUAAA